GGGUCUUAUAUGCAGGCCGCGGCGCCGGCCCUACUUCCUUUUCCGGCCACAGCAGGAGAGAGGAACAGGCGCCGCAGCCAUGGUGAGUCCGAGGUGGGGGGACCCGGAAUCCGCCGCCAUCCGCCGCGGGGGGAGCGCCGGGAGCGGGACUGGGGGGUUCCGCGGGGAGGGUGCCGCAUGGGCUCCGGUUUCGGGUAGCUAUUAAGGGCGCGGGGGGGGUCUUCCCGGUGGGCGAAGGAGGGAGUUCGUUUCCAAACAUGGAGACGGGCGAAGCGCUGCACCUGGUGAACGCCUGCCUGCGUGGCCGCAGCUGGGAGCUUCGGUGAAGCUGCGAGCCUCACAACGAGCCUGCUAGGUAGGCCAGUCGUGUGAUGAUCAGCGCCCCAAUUGGGAAAUGGGGGCGAAUGGGGCGCUGAGCCUGAGAGGGGGCUGGCCGAGUUCUGUGGGGGGCUUCCUUGGGGGGCAGCCUCCUUGAUCCUGGCAGGCGCUGCCCCUCGAGGAGCCUCAAUCGCACAGCCCACUUCAGCUCCCUUCGCUAAUAAUAAUAUUAAAUUUUAUUUACACCCCGGCCAUAGCCGGGCUCAGGGCGGAUUCUAGCACCAAUAAAAUCACAGUAAAAACAUAAUAGGGGGGAAAGAGAGGGGGGAACCAAUUUAAAAUACAGGUUAAAAUGCAGCCUCAUUUUAAAGUAGCCGAUAAAUCAAGACCAUAAGGGGAGGGAAACAUAAGGGUCAGACCGAGUCUGAGGGUUUGCUGAGGGCAAAUGGGCCUGGCAGGUUCCUAGUCCUCAAGUCGCUCCAGCGACAGCCCUGCAAGGGAGGUGGGAUCCGCCCUGCUGCGUCUUGACUUUGCACAGAGGGAGCCGGGGGACAUUUGUGGGCAGAGGCUUCAUCUGGGGUCAAGCCCUCGUGGGGCUCUGGCUUACUGGUUGCAAGUUCAUAUUCUAACAAUAACAGCAAUAGUACUUUUAUUGUUUAUACCCUGCCCAUCUGGUUGGGUGGCUCCAGCAACUGUCAGGCUAGCCUUGCUCACAGGUGGUGGUGAGGCUGAAACAGUGCAAAUCCCUGUGGCAGCUGCUAUUAUUAUCAUUACAGUAAAUUUAUAUACCACCCUAGACCCACAGGUCUCAGGGCGGUUCAGAGUAGUAUGUUUUGUCUCUGCGGUCAGAGGCAGCGAUGUUGUUUCUGGGAACCGCAGAAGAAUUUAUUAUUAUUACUAUUACGUACUUCUAGGUUUCCCUUUCUGGCCGCUGGGAGAAGUGGGAUUCUGGAUUCUGAGGCUGGAAAUGGGCAGCUUGUGGCUCAUCUCAGCCUCAGUUUCUCCAUCUGUGAAAUGGAGGCCUGAAAUCGUUUACACCUGCAAACAUGUAUUUCCCCGACUUCACUUUCUACUCAGGGCGUGGGAAGCCUGGUCUUAAGUCAUUCUUAGGGGUCUGGGCCCCCAUCUCUGAGCCCUCCAAGCCUCCAGUGUCGGUGGCAAUGGGGAGACUGUUUCCUUUGCAGAGCUGUCAGGAUUUGUUGCCCUUUCCAGAGCCUCAAUAAAUCUUUGCUUCUCUCCUCCUCCCCAAGUCGCUCGUCAUCCCUGAGAAGUUCCAGCACAUCCUGCGAGUCCUCAACACCAACAUCGACGGGCGGCGGAAGAUCGCCUUUGCCAUCACCGCCAUCAAGGUCCGUAAUGGGGCGGUUGUUGCGUGUUUCCUUCAGUUAACUAGAAUUAUAGAGUGGGAAGGGACCCCAUGGGUCAUCUAGUCCAGCCCGCCCCCUGCAAUGCCGCUCUCACAGCAGUUGAGACGUUUGAGGCGGCGGCCAUUGGGGGACCUGCAAUGGUCAGUAAAUGACAUGGUGUCCCUUCGCCUUUACUUAACCCCUGUGUAGGAACCAAGUCGCAUUCUCAGGGGAAAAGCAGGCCUCUGUGACCAGGGCUGGGUUUGUGAUCUGGCAAAAGCAGAGGGCCUCCUUUCUCCCUCUCAUCAAACUAGCUCAAGGCCGAGCUCUUCCUGCACAAAUGCACUCAAUGCGUCUGCAAAAAAAGUUAUUUGCACAGUUGUUCCCUAGCACGGUCUUGAGUAAGCAGAUUCGGUUAACUACUUCUGUGCUCUCUGUCGCAUCCCUUCGUGUGGCCUUUUCUCUGAGUGUCUCUUUGGUCCUGCUCCCCUGAUCCUCCCCUCUCCUUGCUUGCAGGGGGUGGGCAGGCGUUAUGCCCACGUGGUGCUGAGGAAGGCGGACAUCGACCUGACCAAGAGGGCUGGAGAGCUCACCGAAGAUGAGGUGAGUGUGUGGAUGUGUGUCCUUGCAGAAAGCCUGGAGGGUGAAGUUUUCAUUGUUGUUGGGAUAAAUCUUAGUGUCUUCUCUCUCUUUUUGGUACUCCUGUCUCCCGAACCUGAAAUAUAAAACAGGGUUUUAAAUAUAUGUGUACCUUGAUCUUCUUUAUUUUACUUAACACAAUAUGAUUGUUAUUGUUUACUUGGGUUUUUGUCCAUUGUAGUUAUUAUACAAUCAAUCUGAUGUUUAGGAUUGAUUCAGACGUAACACGGAACGCAUCUGUGACGCUCUUGGCCCUCUCCCUCGCAGGUGGAGCGUGUCAUCACCAUAAUGCAGAACCCUCGUCAGUACAAGAUCCCUGACUGGUUCCUGAACAGGCAGAAGGAUGUCAAGGACGGGAAGUAUAGCCAGGUGAGAGCCAGGGGGACGGCAAGAAGCGAAAUGCCUGCCUCCUCUGAGGAGCAGCUGGUGGGCCGUCAAUUUGAAACCUUGCCAAAGAGAAAUCCAUGGGACAGUGGCGACGGUUGGACUUGAAAAGCUGAGAGGGGAGGAGAGCCUAUUCAGACAGAGAGUUUGACCCACAAACGUUGAUAGCUUUGGCUACCAGAAGACUGGACAGAUUUGUAGUGAAGGCCAUUUCCGCACUUCCUCCCUUCUCAGAGGCAAUGAUCCUCCUGCAUGCUAUCUGCUAGGAAUCUCAGGAGCUACUCUUCAGCUUGGAUCCUGCUUGCGAGUUUCCCUUAACAGGGAUCUGGUUAGCUGCUGAGAGUCCAGAAGGGUCCCUUCUGGCCUGGUUCAACCUCAGGGCUCUUCCUAGGUCCUUAUGGUUUGUAAAAUCUGCAAAAGGGACUCAAGAAGUGGGCAUGAAAUUGUCUCACGAGUUCAGCAGGGGCUAGGACCAGGCGCGGUUGCCCCGACCUCUUCCUACACUGAGAGCCAGUGUGGUGUGGUGUAGUGGUUAAGAGCGGUAGUCUCGUAAUCUGGGGAACCGGGUUCACGUCUCCGCUCCUCCACAUGCAGCUGCUGGGUGACCUUGGGCCAGUCACACUUCUCUGAAGUCUCCCAGCCCCACUCACCUCACAGAGUGUUUGUUGUGGGGGAGGAAGGGAAAGGAGAAUGUUAGCCGCUUUGAGACUCCUUAGGGCAGUGUUCCCCAACUUUGGGCCUCCAGCUGUUUUUGGACUACAAUUCCCAUCAUCCUUGACCACUGGUCUUGCUAGCGAGGGAUGAUGGGAGUUGUAGUCCAAAAACAGCUGGAGGCCCAAGGUUGGGCAACACUGCCUUAGGGCAGUGAUAAAGUGGGAUAUCAAAUCCAAACUCGUCUUCUCUUCUCCCAUGCGAGCCCCAAAGGCCAUGCUAGGUGGACAUCUACCUCCAGGGCUGGCGGGUGGCGGCUGUGUAUCCUCUGCACCAUGGAUGCAGGGCUUCUGUUCUGAGAAGGGAACUGCCCCAUUGCCAACCCCUUCCCUCUGCCCCAACAGGUCUUGGCCAACGGGCUGGACAACAAGCUCCGCGAGGACCUGGAGCGGCUGAAGAAGAUCCGGGCGCAUCGGGGCCUGCGCCACUUCUGGGGGUGAGUAGCCGAGAGGGAGGGGGCUAAGAAGAGGGUGUCUGUGCGGGUUCAAGCAGCAGCAAGCAGGUGUUGGGGGGCAGCGGGGCAACACUGGGAGGAUAAGAAAGUUUCCUGGGUGGCAAAUUCCCUGCCUGUUGAUAUCUGGCAGGCCCCUCACUACUCAUUAGUAGGUUGAGAAAUUGGGUCAUGAGGGCUGAGCUGGGGAGGGGCAUGCCUGUCACCCCUCUCCUCCCCCCACCUUGCUGAUACCCCACACUUUUCUUCUCUCCCCACCCCAGCCUACGUGUCCGUGGCCAGCACACCAAGACCACUGGCCGUCGUGGCAGAACCGUGGGCGUCUCAAAGAAGAAGUAAAUCUUUUCCCGUGCAGAUAAUAAUAAAAAAGGGUUUUCUCAAUGC